GAACCAUUAUGGAGUUCCUGGAAUAUUCAGAGUAUUAUUUGAAAUGCGAGGGGCGAGUAUGCCUCUUAUAGAGGAAAUCGUGAUUGCGGCAGUGAGGAAUAAACAUCAGGGGCCACGAUUGACAAGAGUAUUACUUGAAAUUCGAGGAGCAGAUAUCAAUAUUACACCAGAGGCUAUCAAAGUAGUAGCAAAAAACCGAGACUAUGACAAGGAUUUACGUUCGAGAUUAGGGCCGCGUACUGAUAUAAUGAUGCAGUUACUUGAGAAACGAGGGGCAGAUAUGGAGGUCACAGAAGAGAUAGUGAAGAUGGUCACAAGUGCAACGCCAUUGGCGAUACGAGCUCUCACGUUAUUAUUUAGAAAGCAAGGAAUAAAAUUGAGAGUUACGGAAGAAAUGGUGAGAAUCGUCAAAGGAAAAUUUCCCGAGGAGGUCGUCCACCAGGUUGCCUUGUUGGAGAUAAUGAAGGACAAUAUUCAGAAAUACAGCAGUGGUAGUACAUAGUGCUAGUAGCACAAGCUAGCAAGCAAUUGAUUGGAGCUUUCACA